AUGGCGACCAAAUCGACCGUCAACGUCAAGAACAUCGCUUCUUCGACUAGCGACAAGGAAGUGAAGGACUUCUUCAGCUUCUGCGGCAAGAUCGCAGACUUCAAGGUCACUGCCGCCGGCGAGACCAAGGAUGCCGAGGUCACCUUCGAGAAGGAGACGGCCAUGAAGACGGCCCUGCUCCUCAACAACACCCAACUUGGGCCCAACCACAUUACCGUCGCCAGCGCGAGUGGCGACAACAUCGACGACGGCUCGCACUACACCAAGAAUGCCGAUCGCGACUCGGACGAGCUCACGCAGGAGGAGAAGCCCCGCGCGCGAAUCCUGGCCGAGUACCUUGCCCACGGAUACGUCGUCGGGGACGCCGCCAUCGAGCGUGCCAUCGAUCUCGACACCAAGCACGGCGUUUCCAACCGCUUCGUCAGCACGCUCCAGGGCCUGGACCAAAAGUACCACGCCUCGGACCGAGCCAAGGCGACGGACCAGAGCUACGGCAUCUCUAAUCGGGCAAACAGCCUCCUUACUGGGAUCAGCUCCUACUUCGAGAAGGCCAGCAACACGCCCACGGGCAAGAAACUCGUCAAGUUUUACACGGAUGGCUCGCGCCAGGUGCAGGAUAUCCACAACGAGGCGAGGCGGCUGGCAGAUCUGAAAAAGGAGGAGCACGGCGGUAGCGCAUACAAGGCAGCUGGCCUGGAGAGGGUGUUUGGUAAGGAGAAGGAGAAGGAGAAGCCAGCAGAGGGCGCUGCGGCGACCACAGCGCCAAGCGCCGGCGGAGCGGGAGUCGGGACGACAGCUCCGGCUCAAGCUGUCCCCACCGAGGCUGUUCCCGCGGUCAACAUUGACGAGGCAAAGAAGGCCUAG